AAUUUUCGCACUUUGUAAAUAUAUUUUUGCUUUUAUUAAUGAUCGACUCCGAGGCACUGGAAAGCGAGAGGGUCAAGCUGAAGCGAGAUAUUGCUGAUCUGCGGGCCAACCUCAACAGGAAGGAGCAAUGUCUUCGCGAGUUGGAGGCGGCCAUAGCCGCCGGCGAGGACAGUGAUGAAGCGGAAGAGUCGUCCAAUGACAUGCCCACACCUCAGACCAAACUCACCAACGACGACAUAGCCCGAUAUAGCAGACAGUUGAUUCUCCAGGACUUUGGAGUCCAAGGCCAGUUGAAGCUGAAAAACAGCUCCGUGCUGAUUGUGGGUAUGGGAGGAUUGGGUUGUCCGGCCGCCCAGUACCUGGUGGCAGCCGGUUGCGGACACCUAGGCCUCAUCGACUACGAUGAGGUGGAGCGCAGCAAUCUGCAUCGUCAGAUCCUGCACUCGGAGCACCGCUGCGGCAUGUCCAAGGCUGAGUCUGCAAGGAUUGCUCUGCUGGAACUUAAUUCGCACUGUCAGAUCCGCUGCCACUCGCGUCUGAUCAACAGCAUGAAUGCCAUGCACAUUAUACGACCCUAUGACGUGGUCCUGGACUGCAGUGACAAUGUGGCUACCCGUUACCUGCUGAACGACGCCUGUGUGAUGCUCCGCAAGCCUCUGGUGUCUGGGAGCGCGCUCAAGAUGGAUGGACAGCUGACCGUGUAUGGCUAUGGGCAGGGACCUUGCUACCGGUGCAUCUAUCCGGUGCCUCCGCCACCCGAAGCAGUCACCAACUGUGGUGAUGGAGGCGUUCUAGGCGCCGUGACAGGAAUCAUUGGAGCCAUGCAGGCCCUGGAGGCCAUUAAGGUGAUAAUCGGCUUGGGCGAUGUGAUGUCCGGACGUCUGCUCAUCUUCGAUGGCAGCAGCUUUAUGUUCCGCAAUAUCCGGAUACGCACCAAACGACCCAACUGUCACGUGUGCUCUGCUCAGCCCCUAAUCACGGAACUAAUCGACUACGAGAUGUUCUGCGGAAUGCAUGCCACUGACAAAGACAAUCCCCUGGACCUACUAGAGCCGGAUCAGCGACUGGAGGUAAAGGAAUACCAUCAGAAGCUACAGUCGCAGCCACAUCUGCUGCUCGAUGUACGGCCUCCGGCAGAAUUCGAGAUUUGUCAGCUGCCCAGAUCCAUCAAUGUGCCACUGAGUGAAAUCCUAGACGACAGCUACCUAAAACGUUUCGCCAAGCAGCUGGAGGACAAGGAAUUACCCAUAGUACUGCUCUGUAGGCGUGGCAACGAUUCCCAAAUCGCUGCUCAGCAUAUUAAAAAUCGAUUUCCCGCACAUUCCAUCCGGGAUCUGGUUGGUGGGCUGCAUGCUUGGACAGGCAGUGUGGACGCUACUUUUCCUAUUUACUAAUUUCAAGGAAUAUGUCUAUGUUGCGUAUAUUUGGUUCCUGAUUGAAGUGUACAAUUUUCCCUCUUUUGUUUACUUAUUGUUGGUAUUUAAAAAUAAAAGACAAGCUUAAAUAUGUA